AUGAUCACGGUUCAGGAGUCGCAGCUCCGGUAUGCUGGAGCAGCUGUUAUUGCGCUUGUUGGUGUCUACAAGUACAUAGGCAUGGUUGCGGCUGGAGAUUUUAACUACACUGCCAUUGCCGCAAAUGCCGCCGUAGCAUGGGGCGUUUUCGAAUCCGGGCGCCAAUCUCUCUGA